UUCCAACUAAACAAACCCUUUGUGAAAAUUUCGGGGCAAUGCGGGGGUGACCUUGUGGUUGGGGUGGGGAGCAUUGGAAGCGGCGGCGGUGACCCCAUCCAUCCCGGACGACGACGGCGCCGAUCCCUCCCGGCCUCCUCCCCGUCAGCCGCCACCAAGAUUUGGAUCCGAGUCUCGCGAGGAGGGGAACCAAGCCGGAUUAGUAGUAGGAGUAGUAUAUUUCUUCUUCUUAUAGAUAUGGACGGACUGGGACGGGGUUGAGCAGCAAAGCAAUGGACACAGCAGGCGCCGCCGCCCACCACCGCAGUCUUCAUAGGUAGUAGCAUGCCAGCCAGAAGAGCACACAUGGAGGAUGGGAUCUGUCCAGUAAACAAAAGGAGGAGAUUGGCGCUCAGCCCAUGUGCUGAAGUAUAUAACAGCAAGCGGAUAAGAUCACAAUGGGUUGAUUUUCAAUCUCUCCCUGAGGACAUUCUGUCAAGGAUAAUGUCAAAACUAACAUUGAAGCAAGCUGUUCAGAUGAGCAUGGUAUCGAGUGUGUUCAGAAGAGCUUGGAUUUUCCAUCCUGAUCUUCUUUUUGGCACUGAAGAAUUGUUUGGAACUUCUGAUCGACAGUUGAGAGCGCUGAGCACCAAUGGGUUUAUUGACACAAUCAAUUUUAUCUUGAGGAAACACAGUGGUCUAGGAGUGAGUGAUUUUGGUGUGAAGUUUGAGCUGUGGAAGGAGCAUGCACGUGACAUUGAUGGAUGGGUUUCCUUUGCUAUUGCAUCGAAAGCAAGGGUUCUCGUCCUGAACUUUUCUCCAUAUAUAGGAUUGCGAGAAAACAGUUACAGCUUUCCAUGUCAUCUUUUCAAUGACAGAAAUGGAUCCCACUUUAAGGUUCUUCAACUUGAUACUGUUACUUUUGGCCCAACUCCUGACUUUUGUGGCUUUGCUAAUCUUACAAUGCUUACUUUGAAGCAUGUGCUUGUAUUGGACAACUUCCAGUACUUCUUACCGAAAUGCCCUGCCCUAGAAUGGUUGGAAAUCCUAAUGUGCUCCCAGCUACAUAAUUUGCAUGUUUCUGAACCAUUGCCGCGGCUGGAAUUUUUGCGUGUACAAGGUUGUGCGAUUAACAAGAUUGAGCUCCAUGCCCCCAAACUCACCACAUUUGAGUAUAGAGGUUGUUUUAAAGUGAUUAUUGCACUUCACAAAUGCUUGAAGCUUAAGACUGCAAGCAUUGCGUCUCAUAUUGAGGACAACCUUGAGUAUGUUUUCACUGGGCUUCCAAAUGGAUUACCUCAUGUUGAGAGACUACAUGUGAAAGUGUUUGUGAGGACUCAGAUACCUGGAUUUACACAGCCCCCUCUUAAAUUUAUCAAUUUAAGGCAUCUGAUCAUGAGGAUAACCUUUGGAAGUGCUAAACGUUUUGGAAAAAACGCAGUUCUGCAGCUAGCAUAUCUUUUGGAAGCUGCUCCUUUGUUAGUGGACCUUCAUUUGGAUAUGACGUGUGCAGAUAUUUGUGAGGACCCCCCUGCUAGGGACGUGAUUAUACAUCGCCCCUACUACAAUCUCAAGAGAGCUUGCAUGACCGGAUUUAAUGGUAAUGGAGGUCAAAUUGCCCUAGUAAGAUUUAUCCUCAGGAAUGCAGUAAAAUUGGAGAAAAUGACUAUAGUUCCAAAAGGGAGAAGAACGGGCAAAAUGAUGGGAGAAUACGAAUUAAGCCUUAGAAUGAUCAGGAAAAAAAUUGUUCCAAAAGACAAGAACGGUGUACUCGUAAUUUUGUAGUAAUUCUCAAGUUAUGUAUGUACUAUUAUAGGAAGGGCUGGACUUACAUGCCCUUGUACUUUUUCAGAAACAAUAAUAAUAGUGCAUCUUUUUAUAAUUUUAUUUA